AUGAUAAGGGGAAUAUCCAGUAAUAUAGACCAUGGAAGAUAUAGGAGAAUUAUAAAUAAAAGCUGUUUCAGCACACAUACUUUGGCUGAUGCGAAUGUAACGCCAUUCAAUUUUGAAGACAUCGAUAAACUAGUCAAAAAAAACAGAAAACGCAAUGAAAAGGAUGCUCAAGUCACAGAUAAUCAUAGAAGCAUCUUUUAUUCCCUUGUAAAAUAUUCAAAGGCUAUUAAUUACCAUAAAAAAAACUUAGAAAAUAGAUCACCGAAUAAGGACGAUGGAAAAAUCCCGAAAGAUAUGCCUGAAAAUGCGGAGACAAACCUCGCGCUUCCCGCUGUAUAUGAUAUAUAUGCACGGGGAGAAUUUUUCUGCGAAAAAAUGGCUAAAAAUCUCGGGUAUAUGAAUAAGAACAUGUUGAUAGUAAUCAUCAAACAGUCACUGUCUACUUACCAUAAUACAAGAAAGAAAUGCUGGCAUUCGUUAUCAACAAAGGCUUUAAGACAUUGCUUUAUUUCUGAUGAACCAUUAACGUGUAGUGAUUUGGUAAAAAUCUGCGCAUCCUUGAGUAAAUGCUAUUUUAAGAAACUGGAUGAAUUUAAGGGUAAGAUUGAUGAGCUAAUAAUAUCCCAGCCUGAAUGGACAAUACAUGGCGCUUCGCAAAUAUUGUGGAGUCUUUCUCACUUAAAGCUGUUUUCAUUACCGUCAUUUAACUAUCUUAACCAUACAAUAGUUAAAUGCAUAAACUUAGACAGUGACAAGUAUAUUAAAUAUUCCGAUAUACACAAAAUCGCAUCCGCAAAUCUCAUGCAAGUAUCUCAGGUCGGAACAAUACACCCGGUAUUACAAAGUAUUGUGACCCAUUUCGCAAACAAUACGAUUCUGUUGAAAUGUACAGGUACAAAAACAAUGUUUGCUAUUGUAUCAAUAUUGCCUUAUUCUGCUUACAACGAUGAACUGGUUAUAGAAAUACUAAAAAUAUUGGUAAGGAGUCUCUAUCAAUAUAGUCAUGUGCAAGCUGCUCAGAUAAUAUACAAAUUUGCUGUUAUACAUUCUGACUUGUCGAAUACAGCUCGUGAUUUGACAUUGGAAUUGCUGCUAUCAUUCAGAGAUUUAGUACUGUCUUCAGAUAUAACUUUCAUUCCUAGCGCAUGUUCGAAGCUUCUUUAUACGUAUAAGCGUAUUCUCGGUGCACAUGAUGAAGAUUUUGUGAAUAAGUGCCUCUCAGACUUGAACGCAAAUUUGCAUCUUUUGGGACCGUUUUCGUUAUUUGGCAGUUUGUUAUGUCUUAAUUCAUACUUUGGAGAAGAAGCACCAGAAAUUGGGGAAAAAUAUAGAGAAAGUGUAAAGCAUACCAAGAAUAAUUUACUCAAGUUUGAUGAUAGUGGACGACUAUCCAAAAUUGUAAAUGGAGAACUUGUACCCUUGGACAAUGUAAAAUUGUGGCAUUAUGGGUUACUUUCGGCAAUUGAAAAAUAUGAUACAUAUGACCAUCUUUUCAAUUUCAUUGGUACCUUGGAAUCCACUAGUUUGAUACAUAAUGUAAAGAGCUUUGCUCUAUUUCUUCUAAACAUGUGCUGGGAUUCCAGUAAUUUAUAUAACAGGAAUACCAUGAAUUCUAUUUUUGUUAUCGCAUCAAAACUCCUGAGUCUUUCUGAGAAUGUUGAGGAUAACUUGUUAAAGCAAUAUUGGGUCUUGAUAUUAUAUCACCUAACAACAUUAGACAUAACCACUGUGUUUGAACACGAAAACAUCCCAAGAUUCCCUAUUUCAUCGUUUGACACGGAUGUUAUUCUUAUAAGCUUAUUAACAUCUGGUAUAAGACAUGAUGAAGACGCUACACUAGCUUGUUUGAAUGAGUUAAUCCAACGCUAUAAAGAUGGAAAAAUGAGCGAUGCUGAACCAAUAGUGAUAAAGACGAUUUUGCUUCUAAAUUAUACAUACUCAAAUAAAACGGGAGGUAUUGUUCAUAAGAUUAUUAAUGGAAAUACCAGAGAAUUAUUUAUGGAAACAUUCUAUGGAUCCGCUACGGUGUGUCAAUCAAACAGAUCUACAGAAGGCUAUAUACACUACUUACAGAAAUGUUUAGUGAAGAACCUUGCCCCUGUUCCACUAGAAUGGACACACAUUCAGAUUUUUUUCCUGCAAGAUUAUCCGCGGUAUAUGUUCAAAAUGAUACCAUUAGCACUUGUGGGCAACAUGUUUCGUAUCAGAGAAGUAAAAUGCAGUAUAUGGGAUGUUUCCAACUGGUUUCUUGUUAAAAGAGGUUGGAAUAACCUAUCCAACCGCUUGAAGGAGUUGGAUGUAAUUGAUGAUUCAUCCAUUUACGAACAACUCUGCGAGGGAUACACAAAUUGGAAUAUUUCCGAAAUAAAGAUCGCAAAUAUCGCUACAAACAAAUAUGUAGGUCCUUAUCUAUGUCAAUUUGUCAUAAUGGCUGAUGAUCCAUCGCAAAAUAUAAUUGUGUUUAUACUAGCAGAUUCUCCCACCGAAAAUAAACAUAUAUACCACAAAAUAAGAAGGGAUAUUCUGAAUAAGUUCGGUUAUAACUUUGUCGAACUGUUUUGCGGUCAAGAAGUUCACACUAUAAGCACUAAUUCAGUACAAUAA